GCCGGAGGGCAGGGGCCGCGCGAUGUCGCACGGAGCCGGGCUCGUCCGCACCACGUGCAGCAGCGGCGGCGGCCCGGGGGCAGGCGCGGGACAGCUGAGCGCGAGGCCCUCGGAGGGGCUGCUGGACCCCGUCUACCCCCGCACGUACUCGGCCCUGCUGAAGGUGGCGCAGAUGGUCACACUGCUGAUCGCCUUCAUCUGCGUGAGGAGCUCCGUGUGGUACAUCUCCAGUGCCUACAGCUACUUCCAAGUGGUCACCAUCUGCAACUUGAUAAUGAUCCUCGUCUUUUAUCUGGUGCACCUGUUCCGCCUCUACCGCUUGCUCACGUGCAUCAGCUGGCCCCUAUCGGAACUUCUGCACUAUUUGAUCAGUACCCUCCUCCUCCUGAUCGCCUCCAUUGUGGCAGCCUCCAAGAGUUACAGCCAGAGCGGGAUGGUAGCUGGAGCGAUCUUUGGUUUCGUGGCCACCUUCCUCUGCCUGGCGAGCAUCUGGAUGUCCUACAAGAUCUCAUGUGUGACCCAGUCAACGGAUGCAGCUGUGUGACGCCACCCCAGGCUGGCCCUGCUGAAGGCCCUGCAGACAGGAGGGUCAGUGGGCCAGCCCCCAUGAAGGGCUUUUGACCCUGAGCUCCUGUGCCAAAGCCCCGUCCACGCAGGAGGUUGUCCUGGGCUCCGGAGCCACGCCGAGCCCCUUUCCAGUCCUUGGAGAAUAGUCCUUCCCGCCUAGAAAAGAAGACCAGCCUCCAGGGAGAUCCGGUCUCCCUCCUGCUUUGGGAACCAACCGCCUCAGGGACCGAUGACCCCACUUAACACACGAAGGAGGGGUUUCUGGAAAUGCCUGCCUAAAUCUGCUUCUGCUUCACAUUCCUCAGGGGGAGUGAAGCCGCCUUAAGUCCCCUUAUAGAAACCAAGCCAUCUCCUAAUUUAUCUAGCUUGGAAAGCCCCUCUGGAAGAGACCCUCUUUCUUAAGUGAGGCACAUCUGCAGAGGCAGUCUGUGGUCAGCCUGCCCCAGAUCAGAGAUCCUGGCUCCUUUCGGGCCUCAGCCUUACUUCCCAUUGUGUGUGUGUCUGUGUGUUUGUGUGUGUGUCUGUGUGUCUGUGUAGGGGUGUGUGUGUGUUUUGUAAUAAAAUAAUUGACUUGGCCAGUUGCACAAGGAUUUCUCAUUAACCGAGGCUGUCAACCAGGAGUAGAGUGAUGGGGCCCACAGAGCUCAUGGGGAAGCCUGGGGGCCCCACCCGUGUGUGUGUGCACACCACCCCCUCCCCGGGGAAGGAGAACAGCAGAGGCAGAUUUGCAUAUUUUCAGAGUAAAUUAGUGGUGAAGGGUGGAAGCCAGUACUGUUCACACACAAACAGAAAGCAGUAUUCAAGAGCCACGCAAGCAGCCCUUUAAAAAAAAAAUAAGGUAGGAGAUUCUGGAACAUACUACAACAUGAGGAACCUCAAAGACAUGAUACUGAGUGAAAUAAGCCAGACAACCAAGGACAAGAACUGUCUGAUGCCAUUUACAGGAGGUUCCUAUAGAAGUUACAAGUCAGAGACAGAAUUGUGGCCAGGGACCGGGG